UGAGCGUGCGAGCGAGCGAGCGAGCUAAGAGUUGAUAUAAGAAAAAUAAUAAUCAGAAGAGUAAAAAUCAUUCACAACGGCGACCAUAACGAACUCCGCCCUAGCGAUGAGCCAGCUGGGCACCGUCUACGCCACCAAGCGGAGGCGACGGAACGGCAAAAGCCUGAAGCCGCCGCCCAAGGAUGGCGUCACAAAGAGCAAUCCAUCAAAGCGGCAUCGGGAGCGCCUCAACGCGGAGCUGGAUCUGUUGGCCUCCCUGCUGCCCUUCGAGCAGAACAUCUUGAGCAAACUGGAUCGACUGAGCAUACUAAGGCUGUCCGUUAGUUAUUUAAGAACCAAAAGUUAUUUUCAAGUUGUUAUGCAUAAGGAUAAGGAGGAGAACGGUGUCCUGCCCCACAUACACGCACACGAUGGCUACAGGACCCGGGAGCUGGGCGCCUUCGAGCACGGCCUGCUGGAUGGUGAUAUGUUCCUUCAGGCCCUAAAUGGAUUUCUAAUGAUACUGACAUGCGAAGGCGAAGUCUUCUUUGCCACGCACAGCAUCGAGAGCUAUUUGGGUUUCCAUCAGUCGGACAUCGUCCAUCAGUCCGUGUACGAGCUGGUCCACUCGGAGGAUCGAGAGGAGCUGCAGCGGCAGCUGCUGUGGAACAGCUUCCUGCCCGCGGACAUGUCCAGCAUGCAGCUCUCGGAGACCCUGGCACCGGACAAGGCGCUCUAUCUGGAGCGCAGCUUCACCGUUCGCUUCCGCUGCCUGCUGGACAACACGAGUGGCUUCCUGCGGCUGGACAUCCGGGGUCGCAUCAAGAUCCUGCACGGACAGAACCGGAAGACGGAGGAGCCGCCACUGGCGCUCUUCGCCUACUGCACACCCUUUGGCCCGCCCAGUCUCCUGGAGAUACCGCACAAGGAGAACAUGUUCAAGUCGAAGCACAAGCUGGACUUCUCCCUGGUCUCGAUGGAUCAGAGGGGCAAGCACAUACUGGGCUAUGCGGAUGCCGAGCUGGUCAACAUGGGCGGAUACGAUCUGGUGCACUACGAUGACCUGGCCUAUGUGGCCAGUGCCCAUCAGGAGCUUCUCAAGACAGGCGCCUCGGGAAUGAUCGCCUACCGCUACCAGAAGAAGGAUGGCGAGUGGCAGUGGCUGCAGACGAGCUCCCGUCUGGUGUACAAGAACUCCAAGCCGGACUUUGUGAUCUGCACGCAUCGCCAGCUGAUGGACGAGGAGGGCCACGAUCUGCUCGGCAAGCGAACCAUGGACUUCAAGGUCAGCUACCUGGACACGGGCCUGGCGUCCACCUACUUCUCGGAGGCGGACCAGCUGGUUGUGCCGCCCAGUGCCUCGCCCACGGCCCACGCCCUGCCGCCGCCGGUGACCCCGACACGACCCAACCGGCGCUACAAGACGCAGCUGAGGGACUUCCUCUCCACGUGCCGCAGCAAACGCAAGCUCCAGCAGCAGCAGCAACAGCAGCAGCAGCAGAAUCAGCAGACCUCGCCGCUCGGCGGUCAGGUGGGCUCGCCGGCGCCUGCCGUGGCUGUGGAGUACCUGCCCGAUCCGGCGGUGGCCGUGGCCGCCGCCUACUCCAACCUCAAUCCCAUGUACACGGCCUCGCCGUACGGCAGUGCGGCGGACAAUCUCUACAUGGGCAGCUCCAUGCCGGCCAAUGCCUUCUAUCCGGUCAGCGAGAACCUCUUCCACCAGUACCGGCUGCAGGGAGCCGUCGGCGGGUACUACACGGACUACCCGCACUCCGGGGCGCCAGCGUCGGCGUACGUGGCCAAUGGUUUCCUCUCGUACGAUGGCUAUGCCAUUGCCUCCAAGGCGGACGAGAAGUGGCAGGAGACGGGCAAGUACUACAGUGGCUACAGCAGCGGCUACGGCAGUCCCACGUCCACGCCCCAGCAAAUCCCCCUAAAGACGCCCAAGUCCUCGCCACAGGUCAUGGAGGUCAUCUCCUGCUCCUCGGACGGACCAUCGCCGGUGAGUGGUGCCACGCCCAAUGGCGCGAUUCCCGUGACGCCCAAAGUGGAGCUUGCCGCAACGGCAGCAACAGCCGCCUCCGCUGCAGGCGGGGAUCCCUACGAGAGGCAGACGGUGCUGAUGUGGGGCACCACCCACUCGAGUGGCGUUCCCCUGAAUAGUCUUCAGGGCGGACGCUCCGGAUCCCCCCAACGCGCCACGCCCCUCACGAAUGGCCUGGGAUACGCCACGAAUAACAACAACAACGAGCACGAGCCGGCGACGGCGGCCAAGUGGAACGGAGCGAAGGAGCUGGCGGGGAAAUCGGCCAGCGCCAGCACGCCGGAGAGCUACCAAAUGCAGCACGACGAUUCCGGACUGUACUCCGCCUCCUCGCACACGACCUCGCCGCAGCAGCAGCAGCAGCAGCAACAGCAACAGCAACCACAACGUGGCGUUGCUUCCAAUGUUAGCGCUCCAAGUAUUCCUCUCACACACCCAGUGGCCGUCACGGGCACAGGCACCAGCACGGGCACAGAUCAUCAGGCGGUGCACCCGUCCAGCUGCCACCAACAGCAGCAGCAGCAGCAGCAACAACAGCAGCAGCAACAACAGCAGCAACAGCAUCAUCAUGCCCACCCGCAUCCGCACUCGCAUCACCACCACCAUCACCAUCACCAUCAUGAGGCAGCGCAUCAUCAGCAUGCAGCAGCAAUCAUACUCACGACCCAUCAGCAGCAGCAGCAGCAUCAGCAGCAGCAGCAGGUUCAGCAACAACAAUCUCUUGGAGGCUACCCGCUGCAUCAUCCACUGCAGCUGGUGGGAGGACCGUCCUCAUCGCCGCCGCCGCCCACAACCCGCUCGCCAACAGCCCUGCCCGCAGUGAGCAGUAUCCUCAAUGGUGCCACAGGAGCAACCACAACCGAUGACGUCUCCCCCUACCAGCAGCUGGCCAUUGUCUCCACGCCCCUGGUGAUCUGCGCCGAGGAGGUGGGUGUCGGUGGAAUGUCCUUGCAGCCGCUGAGCGACAGCAGCGAGACGACGCGCAUGGGACGCAAGUCAGCCAAGCAGCAGGUGCAACAGUCCUUGCAACAACAGCAGCAGCAAACGCUUUACCAGCAGCAUCAGACGCAUCAUCAUCAUUCACAUCCACAGCACCAUCCGCAACACCAUUUGCUCUAUCCGGCCAACAUUACGGCGCAUACAGCCUUGGCCUAUGCCCCGCCGACGGCUGGGGGCGCCUAUGCCGAUGGCAGUCCGCUGCUCUCCUUCUCGGAGGUGACCAACACGCUGCUCAACCAGUGAGAGAGGGACUAGGAGUAGCAGUAGCAGUAGCAGUAGGAGCAGGCGAGCACAUUCGUGUUCAACAGUUUUGCCAAAAUGUGGACUAUGACUAUCGUAUCUUCCAUAAUCUGAACCCUAGCACCUAGCAACCAAGCAAACCAGCAAUUUGUGGAUAUAUCCAGCGCACACCGAGUCAUUUGGCUACUCCUUGGUUAAAUCCGAGCAAACAGCAAGAAAAAACGAAUUCUAUUUAUUUUACUGUGAUAAUUUAUAGAUACAAUUUAUUGUAUAUGAAACUAUAUUCGUAAUACGUAUCCGCAUCCGUAUCCGUAUCCGUAUCCACACUUCCAUAGACACACGAAUGGGCAAUAGGAUUUGGGUACAGCAGCGUUUAACCAGCACAAAGUUAAGAGGGGAACCGAACCGCUUCCCAUCCGAGGAAGAUCCCUUCGACAAUCAAUUUCAGUUGUAGUUGCGACCAAAGAUUUCUCUAACUAACUUAAACUUAUCGUUUAGCAUAAUACGUAUACCCUACGAUUCAUUCAGAUUGCGCCCAACUUUAGUUACAUUUCCGUUGAGGUUACAGAACAAAGUAGGGGGUAAAUGCCUAAUUAGUUGCGUUUAAGAGUGCUUAAGUAGAACCUAAGAUAAUACCAGAUGCUUGUAUCCAUAUUUAAUUUAAUUUAACCCUAGACGUAA